ACUAAACAACCACCGUCCACAGAAACUAAGAUCAAACAAAGCAGCGUCGGUUUCAGUUUCUCUCAGAGCUUCAAUGGCGAAUCCCAAACCUCACCUCUUCUCUCUCUCCUUCUUCUCACUUCUCCUUCUCCACAUCCCCACCGUCUCCUUCGCCCAGACGCUCUUCGUCUUCGGCGACGGUCUUUACGACGCCGGCAACAAACAGUUCGUCUCUUCGAACCGUGUCGACGCUAGCUUUCCUCCCUAUGGAAUGACUGUCGGAGAAGCUACUGGACGGUGGUCCGAUGGUCGUAUCGUUCCCGACUAUCUCGCUAGUUUCAUGGGUAUUCCUCACAUCCCUCCAAUUCUCAAGGGCACGGCGGACUUCUCUCACGGAGCUAACUUCGCCAUUGCCGACGCCACCGUCCUCGGCUCCCCUCCGGAGACGUUGACUUUCUCACAACAAGUGAUCAAGUUCUCGGACAGCAAGAACAAGUGGUCAGCUCAAGCCCGUUCUGAAGCUGUCUACUUGUUCUACAUCGGCUCUGAUGAUUACUUGAGCUUCGCCAAGAAUAAUCCCAAUCCAUCUGAUGAUCAGAAACAAGCUUUUGUAAAUCGAGUCAUCACUGCUAUAGAAGCAGAACUCAAGGUGAUUUACGGGUCUGGAGGUAGGAAGUUCGCGUUCCAGAACUUAGCACCAUUAGGUUGCUUACCAGCCGUGAAACAAGCCAACGGAAACGUUCAGGAAUGCGUGAGGUUGCCUUCGGAGAUGGCGGAUUUGCAUAACAAGAAGCUGUUGCAGCUCUUGGUUGAGCUUUCAAGACAACUCAGUGGCUUCCAGUACUCGUUUUACGACUUCUAUAGCUCGAUCCAACACAGAGUUAUCAAUUCCAAGACCUACACAUUUGAGACAGGAAUGGCAGCUUGUUGUGGAACCGGGUCUGUCAAUGGAACCAGUUGUUCGACUAACAACGUAUGCACUAAGCCUGGAGAUUAUCUCUUCUUUGACGGUAAGCAUUUGACGCAAGAAGGGAACCUUCAGGUUGGCCAUUUGAUGUGGGGAGCUGAUCCGGUAGUGGUUGGACCGAACAAUCUCAGGGAGCUUCUUGUCCUUCCUCUGAAUACUUCAGUCAUGUUAGCUGAGAUACAGGAAGCCAUGGCUGCAGUGAGCCCGAAGCAGAUCAAAAUAGAGAGCCUUUAUGAUAUCAAGAUGCAGUCGGAGAUGGAGAAUCAAUGGCUUUCUCUAGUUGACAAGGCUGUCUCCUUCCUCAUCUAAGAUUGUGUUACCACGAUGUGAUCAAAGCUUAAAAAGGAGCUAUUGUACUAAAAAUAAAUAAAGACAGACCGAGACAUCUGUUUGAGUGUUCGUUUUGCAUAAAUUACAUGGACGUUGUUUGAUCGGUUUGACUUUAUUCGGAUUUAGAGCUUUUGGGAGUAUAACUCUGAGCUCUAAAUUCAUAAAUAAUAAUUAAAUUUUAUUUACAUA